CCUCUGGCCGCUCAAGGACCUCCAGGACCUUCAGGACCUUCAGGACCUCCAGGACCUCCAGGACCCCAAGAACCUCUGGGAACUGCGGGACCACCAGAGCGUCCAGGGCACCCAGGACCUCCAGGACCCAGAGAACCUGCAGGACUUCCAGCACCGCAGCAACCAGGACUUCCAGGACCCUCCAGGCCCAUGGACCCCAAACGUCUGUCAACAGGCUCCCAGCAGGUCCGGCUCAGGAAGAGGACAAAGAGAGAAUGGAGACCGCUGGAGGACCGGAGCUGCACCGACCUGCCCUGGUUCCUGCUCUUCACCGUCUUCUGCGUCGGCAUGGGCAGCAUCUGUGGGUUCACCAUCGUCACCGGGGGCGCCGCGCGCCUCGUCUUCGGAUAUGACAGCUACGGCAACACCUGCGGCCAGCGCAACGAGCAGAUCGAGGGCGUCAGGCUCAGCGGCCUCGACCACACCGACAGGAAGUACGUCUUCUUCCUGGAUCCCUGCAACAUCGACAUCGUUCAGAGGAAGAUCAAGUCCAUGGCUCUGUGUGUGUCGCUCUGUCCCAGCGAGGAGCUCACCUCCUACCAGGACCUCAAGAGGUUCGCCAUGCUCAACGGCUCUGAGCUGUGUUCCUACGAGCUGGCGGGACAUAAAUACCCCGGCCUGCCGGAGAGGUUCACCAAAUGCCCCAAACUGCCUGUCCCGCCCAGCAAAGCGCUGCCGGUGUUUAAUCGCUGCACGCCGGUCGACAUCUCCUGCUACGCCAAGUUCGCCGAGGCCGUGGUGACCUUCGUGGGCGACAACAGCGUUCUGCACCGGCUGAUCGCCGGCGUGGCCGCCAGCAAGGAGAUCAUCAUCGGCCUGUGUCUGCUGGCGCUGGUCCUGUCCAUGCUGCUCAUGGUGAUCAUCCGCUACAUCUCGGCCGUCCUCGUCUGGAUCCUCACGGCGCUCGUCGUCCUCGGCUCUCUGGCGGGCACCAGCGUGCUCUGGUGGCUCUACAUCGAUCAUCGGUUGUACGGCAACGACACGUCGACCAAAGUGACGAAGGAGGUGAAAGAGGAGGUGGAGGUGAGCCGGGACAGCGGCCAGGCCCUGCUGGUCUACGCCAUCUCCGCCACCGUCUUCACCGUGAUCCUCCUGCUGCUGAUGCUGUUCAUGAGGAAGCGCGUGGCUCUGACCAUCGCUCUGUUCCACGUGGCGGGGAAAGUCUUCAUCCACCUGCCGCUGCUCGCCCUGCAGCCCUUCUGCACCUUCCUCGCCCUGCUGCUCUUCUGGAUCUACUGGAUUCUGGUGCUGCUCUUCCUGGGAACCACCGGGAACCCGGAGCAGAACGAGGAGACGGGGCUGACGGAGUUCCGGCUGACGGGGCCCCUGCAGUACCUGACGUGGUACCACGCCGUGGGCCUGGUCUGGAUCAGCGAGUUCAUCCUGGCCUGCCAGCAGAUGACGGUGGCCGGGGCCGUCGUCACGUACUACUUCACCAGGGACAAGAACAGACUUCCUGUGACGCCCAUCCUGUCGUCGGUGCUGCGGCUGGUGCGCUACCACCUGGGCACCGUGGCCAAAGGCUCCUUCAUCAUCACCCUGGUCAAGAUCCCACGCCUCAUCCUCAUGUACAUCCACAACCAGCUCAAAGGAAAGGAAAAUGCGUGCGCUCGCUGCAUGCUGAAAACCUGCAUCUGCUGUCUGUGGUGUUUGGAGAAGUGCCUCAACUAUCUCAAUCAGAAUGCUUAUGCAGCCACAGCCAUCAACAGCACCAGUUUCUGCACGUCGGCGCGCGACGCCUUCGUGAUCCUGGUGGAGAACGCUCUGCGCGUCGCCGCCAUCAACGCCGUCGGAGACUUUGUUCUCUUCCUGGGGAAGGUGCUGAUCGUCACGUCGACGGCGUUCGCCGGCGUCUUGCUGCUGAACUACCAGCGGGACUACGCCGAGUGGCUCCUCCCCCUCAUCAUCGUGUGUCUGUUCGCCUUCCUGGUGGCUCACUGCUUCCUGUCCAUCUUCGAGAUCGUGGUGGACGUCCUCUUCCUCUGCUUCGCCAUCGACACCAAGUACAACGACGGCACCCCGGGCAAGGAGUUCUACAUGGACAAAGCGCUGAUGGAGUUUGUGGAGAGCAGUCGGCGGCUGGAGCGGGUGGUGGAGCGCGGGCGGAGCCGGGCCAAGGAGGUGGUGUCGGAAGGAGCGGAGAUGAAGCCCAUGGCUCCGGGAACAAGUUCAGCUUGACCAAAAUCACCGAAUGGGACUUUUUCAGAAAAAAAAGACAUUCCAAAAUGUUUAUUUUUACCAAUGUGUAACAUGUUUACUAUGGUUUCACUCCAGGGAAUACAAUAUUUUAAUAAGAAACUGUAAAAAAAAAAUAACAAUGUAAUGAAGCACUUUAUAUUGAAGCGCUGCAUAUUUUAAAAAGGCUGAUGCAUUUUUCGUAGUGAUGUCCUUUUUUAUAAGACUAAAAACAACGAUUGCCAUCUAGUCAGAACACUGUACUAAUAGGUCUUGAGUCACUUUUCGGUUGUUAACGUUUUUCGCAUAGCGAGUUUCUUUCUUUUUUUCCUGUUCCUUUCUCUUUUUUUCCCUUUUUUUUUUGAGCUUGGGCAUCUCCGCUGGCGAGGCGCCCGCUAAUCACUUCGAUGGCAAACCACUUAAACGUGUGUUUUUAAUCAACCACUAAAAAAAAAAAAAAAACCUAAUCAAUCACGCGAGACUCUCAUGUCGGAUUUGGAUUUCAUGCAUCACCAAGGAAGGAAGGAAGGAGCGCUCUCAUGUCAUCGGCUGUGUUUUUACCGGAGUGAACGAGGGCUCGGGUCUUUUUUGCAGCUUAAACUUGUGUGUACUGUAUGUGUGAGCACAAAGUGACUCUCUGGAUGGACGGCUGAGUUAUUUCACCCCGCUUUCCGCCCAGUUAUAUCCACCGUGUCUGUAGGCGGGGGGGCCGGCGGUACGAGACCAUCCCGCCGCCCCCCCGCGACUCUUCUCGGCGGCCCCUUGCAGAUAUGAAGGUACUGGAGAGGUGUAACGAUGGUAAGAACAGCCAUAAACCUCCACGUAGGAGCGUUCACCCAGAUCUCCAUCCUCUGUGCCGACACCCAGCCCGUCCUCUCACAUUUACAAAGGGCUCUUGAGAACCAGAACUGGAUGGGGUCGAGGGUCGGACCUCAGCCGAGCGCGACGACAGCGAGGCGGAUCGUCCGGAGGGCUGCAAAGCUCGGGUGGUUUUUUUUUUUUUUUUGGUUUUGUUUUGUUUAGUUUUUGUUUUCCACUGAACCCAGUUUGAUUGUCAUCCUGAACUGGGUGUCUGGUUCAUUUUUAUUUGAUCAGCUGCUCGUUUGGACUGAAGGACAGCGGACCUGAUUUCCGCUCGGUUUUGUCCCCGUUUGAAUGCAAGACAGAAACUGGACUCCCCCAACUCGUUCACACUGCGAGCAGCUUCGUCAAGGGGUCACACUUUUCUAAUCGGCUGUGUUUUAGGUGAUGCCGGAGGCUUUGAUUGAAUCUGAACCGGCAGCUCCUGGGCUGGGAGCUGCUCUAAUCACUCUACACUGUUUUGAAGAGUUAUCAUUGGUAGCCGCAAUCUGCAAGUGCUCAUUAUGUCGAUUCCUAGAAAAUAAAGAGGAAAAAAAAUCAAAAUGGCUUCAGUGGGGAUGGGAAUCACCAGAGGCCCCACGAUGUGAUGUUACCACGAUACUUAAGUCACAAUACAAUAGUAUUGUGACUUUAAACAUUUUGCAAAUUACAUCCCCAAAGGAAAAAUUUGCAAUAUCUGUUUAAUCUAAUACGUUAUCUUUCUGUUCAUCUCCCUUCAAUCAUUUUUAUAGCAGCAAAAUUUGACAGACUGACCAACUCUGUCACCAAAACCUGUCAGAAAUGUCCUAUUGUCAAUUCUUGGUGAAUAAAGUCGUAGACAACGAGGAAGGAAAUAUUAAAAAGCAUUUAUUGUAGUGGCUAAAUCAUUAAAAAUGCCAACUUGUUCUGACCACUGGAGGUCUUUGUCAGGGCUUCGGACACAUCUCCUGAUGUUUGGAGUGCCUGGAUCGCUCUCUGAAGUACUCCUGUGUACCAGGUACUCCUGUGUACCAGGUACUGCGUCCUAUGUGCUGUUUUACAGUUUCCAAGAGCAAAUUAUUGAUCUUUGUUUGAUCCUACUGAGCAACCAGUCAUCUUUUCUGUUGGUCAAAAGUUGUGGAGAACUGGGAAGCUUUGAAAAAGAACCACUUCUCCAUUUUCCGCCUGACAGACAAAACUACUGCUAAUGAAGCAACACAACAUCAGGGAAACUGGAAAGAAAUGCACAGAUCUGAUUGGCUGUGCACAGGUGAUGAGCAAAGUUCCUGUGACUGGUUGACGGCGUUGCUCGCAGUGUGAAUGUCCUGCCAGGGUUUGUGGCCCUCUGCGACGACGGCGCUCACAGUUCAGAUCGGUUUGGACAGUUGACGUCUCCACAAGCCUGCGGCCGGUCCGGGCAAACCUUCAGAGCGGACGAUGCGGGCCAGAAUAUAUUCCAUUUUUCUAGAUUACAAUCUGCUGUUGCUCUGCAUUGUGUCUCAACUCCAGUGCAUAAAGAGUGCUGGAAGCAGCAGCACACCUUUGAAAAUGUUUAUGAACACUAAAACACAACAGAAUUGGCGAGGCCCGCCCGUCCGUCUGUGAUGAAGUUGUUCCAUGAAAUUUCCCCUGCGGAGGGCUGAGUCUGACCUGUGGAGAUGACAGCUGUACUUAGGCAGCCAGCAAUAAAACAACCUGCAUCACAUUAACAGCUACAAAAUAAAAGUCUUCCUGCUUUUUCACAGAACAUUUUCAGGACGGUGGGUUGGGCUGGCGAGGCCAGACGGGGCAGCAGACCCCUGUCAGACUUCCUCCAGGGUUCGGCUGAUCUGGGCGUUUGACACCAACACUGGUGGCUUUGUUGGUGGGACUCAUUGUAUGCCAAUAUUGAACAGUAUGUAUGACAAUAUUGAAUAAUGAACAGCUCCAAUUUUAACCAUUUGUAUGCAAAAUGCAAAAAAAAUGACCCGAAUCCAGGGUUUCCCCAACAAAACUGUUCUCCAUGUCAGGAUGGACCAACCUCUUAAACCACUGAAGCAUUUAGGCCGUCCUGAGACACUAAAACUCUCCACCAAAGCCAGACUUCUAAGUAUUUUAGGAUUAUCCGCUCUUUAAAAUGCUUCUUGGAUAGUUUUUAUCGUUAUUUGAGAGGGGACAAUGUACAUUACUCAACAUUCGAACAGAUGUAAAUAGACCUGGGUUAUUUAGCUACUUUCAUCGGUAGUCCCUUUGCCAGAUGUGGUCAGGCAUCCUAGAACAACAAAAUAAUAUAAUAUACAAUAUUUAAAAUCAAGCUACAUUGUGGUGAAAAGCAUUUACAACACAGCUAGAGUUUAGAGCCUUUAAAUACAAAAUCAGAGGUGAUGACGUCUGAUGUUCAAUAAAAAGCCAAUUUUCAGUCGAACCCUGGUCGGCUCUGCUGGUGAAACAAGGCGACUGUUUGGGCAACGGAGCUCCAAGAAACGAGCGACAACAUCAGCAACAGUCCACAUCUCUCCUGGCAGGACGGUCCCGACUGAAUCUUCCAACGGGACAAAGCGUUUCCCAAACCGUUGCCUUGUUGACCGCUGCCCUGCUGGCCAGCUAGGUUUUCUGUUUUUGUUGUUUGUUUGUUUGUUUUUGUUUUUUUUUUUGGAUCUGCUGGCAAAGAGAAAAGAUUUGGGUUCAGGCCGGUGCGGUAGGAAGUGCAGAAGAGCGUGUAAGCCUUAAAAAAAUAAAAGUCCCAGAGGAUAUUUAGUGCUUCAGAUGUGCAGAGACGGUCCUACCACCAGGGUGAGAGACGAGCGGUGUCACUUUUGGAUUUGACUAGAAAACACUACCUUUUGUUUUCCUGUGAAGGUGUUGCUGUGACUGAUAUGAAUUGCACAUUGUACUGUAUGCAGUCGGAUUUUUUUUUUUUUUUCCUUAGGAGAUUAGAUGUAUUGGACCGGCUAGUGCUCGCGUCUUGUGUAUUAUGACAUUGUGAAGUGUUGAGGAUGGACGAUUUUAAUAGUUCCUGACGGCUGUGACUGUUGCCAUAACCUUUUGUGUUUCCUUUCAGAGCUAAACCUCGUCACUUCAGAAACUUUUGUGUUUGGAGAACAGGAGAACAAAAUGAAGAGCUCUUGUUCCAAAAUGAGAUAUCUACCAUUUAAAAAAAAAAAAAAAAAGAAGACAGACACUCACCCUGGUUAAAGCAAAGGAACACUUUUAGAAAAACAAAAUGACAGAAGGUAACUUGGGUCUUGUGGUUGACAGAAAAACACUUUUCACAGACCGGCUCCUGCACAUUUUAUGAGAACAUUCAGAUAAUCAUCAUAUUUUGCCAAAAAUGGUUAUGUAACAUUUUGGACGAGAUCUCUUCAUAUAUUGCCUCUGAGCGGCUUCUCUCCAGGAGUACACUAGACAGCACACUAAGAUUUAGCUAUGAAAUAUUAAGAGCAUGUAUGUUGAAAAAAAGAAAAAAGAAGAACAAGAAGAAAUCAUAUGAUCAAAGAGACUUUUUUCGUCGCCACAGGAUUCUUCAAUGCGCGAAGCAUGUUUCGAAUUGCACUACUAAGAUGGUACUCAUUUCAACACAGAGAACAGUUUAACAGUAGCCGUAUUAAAGUAAUUUCUAGCUGACAGAUGUCUUUAGCUCAGUGCGUUAUAAUAAUAACAUAGAGAUGUUUAUUAAAUGUUCAAGUGGAGAGGAGCGUCCUGCGAGCCAACACAGCCUCUGGAAAAAGAUGAAGCCUCACUAGUACGAGCAAUCAAUGAACCUUCGAGCUAAAAGGCAAACAGGAUAACUUAUUACUCAAAUGCAUUUAUGUAAAAAAACUGAUUUUUGUUUUUAAUUUUCUUGGUUUUUGUUCAUUGAUGGGUGUGCACACACUGUAGAGCAACUGUGUGACUGCUGUUGCCGGGCAGAUUACACCCAGGCGACAGCAGGAAUCGAGGAGUUUCAUUCCACAACGAGAUUUUCCUCCCAUUAAACGACUGUUGGCAUAAAACUAAAUCACAUGGCAGGUUGAUAUCAAAGUCACAAGUUGUAUUAAGACGUUUCCUGACGGGACAGCGGCGGCCGAAUCUGGACACACACCUCCUGAUGUGGUUUCCUCUCUCGGUGCAGAUUUAAAAAAAAAAAAAAAAAAACAGUUUCAUGUCAAACUGCAGCCAUCUUCUCUACAAAUUUGCACAAAAACAGACAUAUUUCAGAGGGUAAAUAUGAAAUAUGUGCAAAAUCAACAGAAGCAAGAGUGUGUGUGUCUGGAUUUGGCUGCUUUUAAAGGAUACAAUCAUCUAUGUUUUUGUAAAUUUAAGUAAAGAUCAGGUUAGGGCUCAAUAUGAUCAUUUAUCACGUUUCAGUGGAGUCGUAUUGUUAUGAUGCAGCAAUUUUGAGAUCUCGACACACUGUCCUACUCUCUAAAUUGAAGCAAAAUAUAAAAACUCUGACAGAAGUAAAUUUGGUAGGAAUAUAACUUGGGAAAGAACAAGGAACAUAAUUUGAAAUUUUCAGUUUUAUGCCUAACAUUACUAUUUGGUUCAGUGGACUGAGCUUUAAUUGGAUUCCACUGCAUAAUUCUGCAUGCAUUAACCAUAACCUGAUAUUUUAUUUUAACCAAAAUGUGAUUAUCGUGACAUUGAUUUCUAAAGUAUCACCUCAGCCCUAUUUCAGUUUUUUCCCCAACAUGGCUGCACAGGGUGUAGUUUUGGAAUGAAACCCUCCACCUCGUCUCCGUUGGUCUUGUGCCUGCCGGACGCCAGCCGGGCCGCCGUGUUUGCCAAAUCCAGCCGGUCGGCUCCCAGAGGAGAGGCGCCGCUCGCUGGUGGAACAGGGUGAACUGUGGUGUAUUGUCAUUUUUUAACUCGUUUUUGUUUCUGUUUUUUUUUUUUUUUUUUUUUUUGGUCGUUGUAAAGCAGGCAGCUCUGCAAAAGCCGCUUCGAUCUUGAGGCCUGAUAGAUUUUCUUCUCAGCUUCCACUCGCCCUGAUUAGAGCCAAGGGCCGUUGUUGUAAAGCAAGUAGCUACUCCAAGUCAUGAAGGACUCCAGACGAAACUUGCAUGUCCACGUUUUUUCCUGCUCUUUUCACAGCGUGUCAUCUUCGUAGGGUGUGAAUAUUAUGGCGUUAGAUUCACAGGACUAAAAAACACUGACUUAACCAAUAGAACGAUAGCUUUACUCAGCAACAAAGCCACCGUUUAUUUUCAGAUGUGGGUGUUAAAUUCCUCUUUCGGUCUCGGAGACUGCGUUGUCCACUCUCGUCACAAGAGGAAUGGCUAAAAUAGCAAAAAGUUACUGUUAUAAGACUAGGCCAACACAUCAGUUUAACUGUCAGGUGUAACACUAGCUUUUAGUUUUUCUCUGCAGUAAGAAGUUGUUUGUAACAUUGGACAACAUUUUUUUUGUUCUGGGUUGAUUUUUAUAUUUAUGAUUUCUUAUGUAUAUUUGUUUUUUAAAAAAGAUAAUAAAAGAGAAAAUUUGAA